AUGGUCACUCCUAGCUGUCGACGAUCGCUCCUAGACGUCGACGGUCGCUCUCAGACGUCGACAUUUCCUUCCAGACGUCGACGGUCGCUCCCAGACGUCGACGGUCGCUCCCAAACGUCGACGGUCGCUCCCAAACGUCGACGGUCGCUCCCAGACGUCGACGGUCGCUCCCAGACGUCGACGGUCGCUCCCAGACGUCGACGGUCGCUCCCAGACGUCGACGGUCGCUCCCAGACGUCGACGGUCCCUCCCAGACGUCGACGGUCGCAACCACACGUCGAUGGUCCCUCCCAGACGUCGACAGUUGCUCCCAGACGUCAACGGCCGCUCCCAGACGUCGACGGUCGCUCCCAGACGUCGACGGUCGCUCCCAGACGUCGACGGUCGCAACCACACGUCGACGGUCGCAACCACACGUCGACGGUAGCUCCCCGACGUCGACGGUCGCUCCCAGACGUCGACGGUCGCUCCCAGACGUCGACGGUCGCUCCCAGACGUCGACGGUCGCAACCACACGUCGACGGUCCCUCCCAGACGUCGACGGUCCCUCCCAGACGUCGACGGUCCCUCCCAGACGUCGACGGUCGCAACCACACGUCGACGGUCCCUCCCAGACGUCGACGGUCGCAACCACACGUCGACGGUCGCUCCCAGACGUCGACGGUCGCUCCCAGACGUCGACGGUCGCUCCCAGACGUCGACGGUCGCUCCCAGACGUCGACGGUCGCUCCCAGACGUCGACGGUCGCUCCCAGACGUCGACGGUCGCUCCCAGACGUCGACGGUCGCUCCCGGACGUCGUCGGUCGCUCCCGGACGUCGACGGUCGCUCCCGGACGUCGACGGUCGCUCCCGGACGUCGACGGUCGCUCCCGGACGUCGACGGUCGCUCCCGGACGUCGACGGUCGCUCCCGGACGUCGACGGUCGCUCCCGGACGUCGACGGUCGCUCCCGGACGUCGACGGUCGCUCCCGGACGUCGACGGUCGCUCCCGGACGUCGACGGUCGCUCCCGGACGUCGACGGUCGCUCCCGGACGUCGACGGUCGCUCCCGGACGUCGACGGUCGCUCCCGGACGUCGACGGUCGCUCCCGGACGUCGACGGUCGCUCCCGGACGUCGACGGUCGCUCCCGGACGUCGACGGUCGCUCCCGGACGUCGACGGUCGCUCCCGGACGUCGACGGUCGCUCCCGGACGUCGACGGUCGCUCCCGGACGUCGACGGUCCCUCCCGGACGUCGACGGUCCCUCCCGGACGUCGACGGUCCCUCCCGGACGUCGACGGUCCCUCCCGGACGUCGACGGUCCCUCCCGGACGUCGACGGUCCCUCCCGGACGUCGACGGUCCCUCCCGGACGUCGACGGUCGCUCCCGGACGUCGACGGUCGCUCCCGGACGUCGACGGUCGCUCCCGGACGUCGACGGUCGCUCCCGGACGUCGACGGUCCCUCCCGGACGUCGACGGUCCCUCCCGGACGUCGACGGUCCCUCCCGGACGUCGACGGUCCCUCCCGGACGUCGACGGUCCCUCCCGGACGUCGACGGUCCCUCCCGGACGUCGACGGUCCCUCCCGGACGUCGACGGUCCCUCCCGGACGUCGACGGUCCCUCCCGGACGUCGACGGUCCCUCCCGGACGUCGACGGUCCCUCCCAGACGUCGACGGUCCCUCCCAGACGUCGACGGUCCCUCCCAGACGUCGACGGUCCCUCCCAGACGUCGACGGUCCCUCCCAGACGUCGACGGUCCCUCCCAGACGUCGACGGUCCCUCCCAGACGUCGACGGUCCCUCCCAGACGUCGACGGUCCCUCCCAGACGUCGACGGUCCCUCCCAGACGUCGACGGUCCCUCCCAGACGUCGACGGUCCCUCCCAGACGUCGACGGUCCCUCCCAGACGUCGACGGUCCCACCCAGACGUCGACGGUCCCACCCAGACGUCGACGGUCCCACCCAGACGUCGACGGUCCCUCCAGACGUCGACGGUCCCUUCCAGACGUCGACGGUCGCAACCAGACGUUGACGGUCGCUCUCCCAGACGUCGACGGUCCCUCCCAGACGUCGACGGUCCCUCCCAGACGUCGACGGUCCCUCCCAGACGUCGACGGUCCCUCCCAGACGUCGACGGUCGCAACCACACGUCGACGGUCGCAACCACACGUCGACGGUCGCAACCACACGUCGACGGUCCCUCCCAGAGGUCGACGGUCCCUCCCAGACGUCGACGGUCCCUCCCGGACGUCGACGGUCCCUCCCGGACGUCGACGGUCGCUCCCGGACGUCGACGGUCCCUCCCGGACGUCGACGGUCCCUCCCGGACGUCGACGGUCCCUCCCGGACGUCGACGGUCCCUCCCGGACGUCGACGGUCCCUCCCGGACGUCGACGGUCCCUCCCGGACGUCGACGGUCCCUCCCAGACGUCGACGGUCCCUCCCAGACGUCGACGGUCCCUCCCAGACGUCGACGGUCCCUCCCAGACGUCGACGGUCCCUCCCAGACGUCGACGGUCCCUCCCAGACGUCGACGGUCCCUCCCAGACGUCGACGGUCCCUCCCAGACGUCGACGGUCGCAACCACACGUCGACGGUCCCUCCCAGACGUCGACGGUCGCUCCCAGACGUCGACGGUCGCUCCCAGACGUCGACGGUCGCUCCCAGACGUCGACGGUCGCUCCCAGACGUCGACGGUCGCUCCCUGACGUCGACGGUCGCUCCCAGACGUCGACGUUCGCUCCCAGACGUCGACGGUCGCUCCCAGACGUCGACGGUCGCUCCCAGACGUCGACGGUCGCUCCCAGACGUCGACGGUCGCUCCCAGACGUCGACGGUCGCUCCCAGACGUCGACGGUCGCUCCCCAACGUCGACGGUCGCUCCCCAACGUCGACGGUCGCUCCCCAACGUCGACGGUCGCUCCCAACGUCGACGGUCGCUCCCAGACGUCGACGGUCGCUCCCAGACGUCGACGGUCGCUCCCGGACGUCGACGGUCGCUCCCGGACGUCGACGGUCGCUCCCGGACGUCGACGGUCGCUCCCGGACGUCGACGGUCCCUCCCGGACGUCGACGGUCCCUCCCGGACGUCGACUGUCCCUCCCGGACGUCGACGGUCCCUCCCGGACGUCGACGGUCCCACCCGGACGUCGACGGUCCCUCCCGGACGUCGACGGUCCCUCCCGGACGUCGACGGUCCCUCCCGGACGUCGACGGUCCCUCCCGGACGUCGACGGUCCCUCCCGGACGUUGACGGUCCCCCCCAGACGUCGACGGUCCCCCCCAGACGUCGACGGUCCCUCCCAGACGCCAACGGUCGCUCCCAGACGUCGACGGCUGCUCCCAGACGUCGACGGUCGCUCUCAGACGUCGACGGUCCCUCCCAGACGUCGACGGUUCCACCUAGACGUCGACGGUCGCUCCCAGACGUCGACGGUCCCACCUAGACGUCAACGGUCCCUCCCAGACGUCGACGGUAGCACACAGACGUCGACGGUCGCUCCAGUCGCGCUUAUAAAUAAGUGA